UCACCGAAAGGGAUCCUAAUUUCCAAAUCCCUAAUUUCCGAGUCGGGCACGAAGAUCUGUUGUUUUUUUUCCUCCGUAGUUGUGCGGAGAGGAUGACAAUGAACUCGCUGCCGAGAAGAUUUGGAAAGAGUCGAGGAUACUUGGAUCGCGAUUACAGAAACGGAAGAGGAUCUGAUUCGGAAUCCGAUGAGGAGUUGAAGGGAUUGAGCUUCGAGGAGUCCAGGAGGCAGAAGCGGCUGAGGAAGAGAAAAUCGAUGAGGUUCUGCUUCUGGGAGAACACGCCUAGCCCUCCUAGAGAUCCGAACGAGGAUUCCGAUGAAAACUCCGACAAGAUUCCGGAUAAGGACGGCUACGACGACGGGGAAAGAAGGGAUUCGAAACCGAAAGCGAUCGAAUCUAACGUGAAACCGUUGUCUAAAUCUGGUUCGGGUAAGUCAGAGUCCGAUUCAGAGGCGAGGAGUUUGUCGGAUUCUGAUUCGGGUGAUUCGAGUUCGAGAAGGAAGAAGAGUAAGAGCUCAAGGAGCAGGCGCAGUCGUAAGAGAGCGUAUAGCGAUAGUGAAUCCGAAGAGAGCGAGAGCUGUACGGAUGAGGAUGAUGAAGAUAGGAGACGGAGAAGGAAGAUCGGGAAGAGGAAGAGCGAAAUUAGUCGUAGCAGGAGAAGGCGGGUACAGAGGAAAAAGAGAUACAGUGACUCCGAUGAGAGCAGCAAUGAAGAAAGCCAAACUGAGGAAUCCGAGUCAUUGGAUGAAGACCAUGCCAAGUCAAAGAGCAAGAGGCGGAAGAAAUCUUCGGGUUCUGGUUCCCGGCGUAGUAAAGGAAAGAGAAGAAGAUCGGAGAGCGAAAGUGGAAGUUCGGAUACUGAUUCGAAGGCAAAAGCAGAAGAAGCUGCAAAGCAACCUGAAAUCAACGAAGAGGUGUUGAAGUUCAUGGAGAUGAUCGAGUCACAGAAGAAACCAGCCAUGGAUAACGAAGAACCCGUCGGCCCAAUGCCUUUGCCGAAAGCUGAAGGGCACAUCAGUUAUGGUGGCGCUUUAAGGCCAGGUGAAGGAGACGCCAUUGCACAGUACGUGCAGCAAGGUAAGCGUAUCCCGAGAAGAGGAGAAGUGGGUCUGAGUGCAGAGGAAAUUCAGAAGUUUGAGGAUCUUGGGUAUGUGAUGAGUGGAAGCAGGCAUCAGAGGAUGAAUGCUAUUCGUAUCAGAAAGGAAAACCAGGUUUACAGUGCUGAAGACAAACGGGCAUUGGCAAUGUUCAACUACGAAGAAAAGGCGAAGCGUGAGUCGAAGGUCAUGUCCGACCUGCAACGGCUCGUCCAGCGCCAUAUUGGACAGGAUGUUGGUCCAACUCAUGACCCUUUCGGUGCGAAGACAGAUGGAGCCGAUCCUUAAUAGGUAUUUGGUACUUUUCUCUAUGUUCCAAUGUUUCUGAUAUUUUCUUGUAGACUGUUUCUGAGUUGGAUAACAUGUAGUUCCAUUGUUGUCGGAUACAAGCUUAGGCUUGAAAUGAUGCAUUUGCAAGCGAGUUGAAAUUAGAAAAAGAACCAAA